AUGGCUGAGUCAUUUCACUGGCGCAUGCAAUUGAACAACUAUCUCCAGAGCAAUGGAGGCGUGCACCUCUUGACCUGGGAAGUCUACCAGGUCGGACCACUCCAUGCUCCUUCGUGGACAGCAAUGGCAUACAUCCGCGGAGUGGAGUACGGCCGUUGCACCGGUUAUAGCCAGGGUGCUGUCAAGGAGGAAGCAGCCCGCCAGACAUUAGUCGCACUGUUCGCGGAUCGCGGAAUAGUCUAUGCGUGA